UAUCUCUAUCCGAGCUUACAACCAUGUCCCGUUUUCUUGGAAGGAGUUGACCUUACAAGGGUCACGAGAACACGUCAUGGUCAGGGGAGGGAGGCCAGCUAUCGCGCUCGUCUUCCUGUGCUGUCGGGCCCCCCGUGGUCGCCGCCGCCCGGAUGAGUUCUUCCGCUGUGUGUCGCACAUUCGCACAUGAUAGUGGCAGGCGGGCGAUGCGCUAGGCUGGACAGCGCUCAGAGAGCCCAGCGCUUUCCAGGGGUGUAUGCAACGCUUUCGUGCUGGAGGUAGUGUUGGAGUGUGAGGAGGUAGAGUGAGUGGGGAGGACAGAGCUCAGCUGAGAUAGAGCAGUGCGGGUCGAGGGACCGUCGAUAAAUGUGAAUAAUCGGAAAUAAAGUGGCACAAAAUGGCCUGGAGCCGCAGCCCGUCGUUCGAAGAAGACGACGCUGCGGGCUCAGCGCGGGUGUGCCUGCUGUACGCCUGUGACGGCGAGCCCUGGGAGCGCCACCUGCGUCGGGUUCUUCAGCACCAGUGUGUCACCAGCGUCACCAGCGGCAGCGCCAGGGACAUCACCACGGCCAGCACCACCGGCAGCACCAGAUCGAGUCUCGGUAGGCACUCCAGCGGUGGCGCCAGGGGUAGUCCGAGCAGACACCAGAGCGACACCAACAGUGGUGUCAGCACCAGCGGCGUCAGCAGCGGAGGAGCGCGGCUGACGAUCUUCAACUGUCGACUGACGCAGGUGGAGCGUGACAUCGCCGCCUGCGUCACCCCGAGAAUCGCCGAGGCCGAGCUGCAGGUAGUGAUCGUGAGCCCUGCUUUCCUAUCGUUCAUCAUUGAUCGUGAGGUGCACCUGGACCAAGUCCUGGACAUGAACCGAACGCUGGCUCUGCUCCUUGGAGUCACCGAACAACAAGUGGUCGCCGAACAGAUAGAAGGACUCCGGUCAUUUCCGAUGUGGAGGAAGCUCGCCCUCCGUGACAAGGACCGCCAGUGCAUUGCGGAGUUCGUGGCGUUUGUUCACGGCAUGCUGGGGGGUUCGGUCAGCUGCCGUCCCGAGGAGGCCGAGAACAGUGACGAUGAGGUGCACGAGGAGAGAUUCACCGUCUCCACGGCGUACUGCGAUGACAGAAGUUACCUCAUUCUGUAUCUGCUAAUGAGUGACCCGGUGACCUUGGAAGACGAGAAGCUAUCUGUGUGGCUGCGUGGCGUGCUGGAUGGCAUGCCACAGCAGCAGCUGUACAACGCUUACCUGAAGAACCCCUUCACGGCCUUCAUAUACGUGCCAGCCGGCGAGUUCCCGGACCAGACGAGCGUGGAGCUUGUGCUCGGGGACGACUCCUGGGGUGUACAGCCGGUCCGCUCUCCCCCGCGACUGGAGACAUUGGGCACAUUCCUCAGCACGCUGACGUCGCCAAUCGAGUUCAUGUGCCAGACUCUUGGUAUCGACUCAGCGUCAACGGCAGAGCUGGACUCUGUCUUAGCGGAGAAGUUCGAGGAAAACUGUCCGACAGACAUCGGCCAGCUCCGAAUAUCCAGCGACCUUCAGGGCAUCGAGACACGCGGCGGCCGGUACCCGACCUUGUUGCACCUGGCGGCGGCCCACGGUCUGUCCCAGCUCGCCAGUCGACUGGUGGAUAGUCCCGGCGGCGAGAGGGCCCUCAUGACCCGUAACGAGGCCGGGCAGCUGCCGUCAGAGCUGGCAGCUGCAGCCGACCACCAGCAGCUGGCACAGCAGCUGAAAUACGCCACGGAACUCAACGGUCUUUCAAAACUCAUCCCCAGAGUGAAUAGAACCUGGCAAAAUGUGCCGAACGACGUCCAUCGUAGUCUAGAUGAGUGGAUGCAGCCUGACAUACUCGCCAAAGAAGAGUGGUCAGUGUUUCACCAUCCCAGCAGCCCUUCAUCACCUCAAUAUGCUGAGGUUCGCAACGACGCCCUGGCAAAGUGGAUCACGCAAGAUUUGGACACAGCGAGAAGUGGAUCCUACUUGACCAUGCACAAGGAAGGUCUAGAAACUGACCUGGACAUCUUGCCAAGUGGGCCGUAUCUUUCAAUGCAUAAAGAAGAAGUUCAUCAAGACCUGUUAACGAGUGGGCCAUGCUUUACGAUGAACAUAGAAGACGUGAUCUGCGGGCAGCCGGAUGUCCCUCCUCCCCCACCCCCUCGGGUCAAACCGCAGGUCGCUCCGUCCCACCGGAGGGACCUCACGCUGUCGGAGGAGCUCGCCCGGCAGGUGAACCUGCCGAGCAGCGAGCAGCCCUCGGCGAGGACGUCUGGCUCGUCACUGCGCACAGCCUCCUCGGAGGAAUCCAGUGCUUACCGCAGCGCCGAGGAGUGUCAGGAGGCCCCGGACGCCGCGAGGCCCAUCACAGUGCGGCCGAGAGGGGCGGCGGCGGCACCGGAGCAGCCGGCCAGACAGACGCUGCCUCCCGGUGCAUACCGGCUAGUUACCAGGCGUCCUCGUCAGCUGCGCACGACCGAGGAUGACCUGAGAGACCUGCUGGCUGACUACAACAACUGUGUGUACACACGCGACGAGCUGAAGGCGGUCAUCGAGUCCUGGACGCACCGCAGCAGCUUCCUGCAGUUCCUCCAGGACGACAGCCGCCCGAAAAUGGGAGCCAAAGUCGAGACGAGCGGAUUCUUCUCCCGGUUUAAGAACAGGAAAAAAUCACAACCAUCAGCGUUGGACCGACGAGACAGACAAUCUUCUGGGAACCGAGAAUCAACCAGGUACUAUGGGACACUCUUGUCUCCAACGUUCAAGUCAUACGCAGCGCCACUGGACAAGGAGUUCCGCAGGGUGGUGGAAAUUGCCAAGGCGGGCACGUCUCUGGCUCUGGCCACAGUGCUGGCAGGCCCGGCUGCCGAGACAGAUACGGCUCCGCCUCCAGACGAGUCGCCCAGCGCCGCUGAGGACGACAUUUUCACAGCGUCCCGACCGAGUCCGUCGCCACUCGGCAGUCGAGAGGGCUCGACCACAGGCGGCAGGAGACCGGGCGCGCCGAGCCAGCACCCCAGCGCGGCCCCGGAGGUCAGCGCACGGGACGCGGGAGUGCUGCCUCCGAUACCGCCGAGGAAAGUGCCGCCAGCAAGUCAGGGGCUGAGUGGAAACAAACCAGGGACGAAAUAAGCACGAAAGACGGAAAAAUACGCCGACAAAUCCGCUGGGAGAAAAUACUACGUUUUAUCGCUGGUGCCUUCCAACAUUUUAGGUUACUGAUCGAGAAGCAAAACUGUCGAUUAUUGUAGAAGUCAUCAAAAUUAUCAAAACGCAUGGUCCCAAAGUUUCAAUGUUUCAAUGUUUCAAUGGGAUGAAAUGGGCACGACGUAAGGUGUGAAUUGAAAUGCUACACCACUUUUGCUGUUUGCUGAACUGUUUUAGUCACAAGAUGCGCACCGAACAAUGAAGCGUUAUCGUAUAAAUUUUGUAGGAUAGCAGCCAGUUCGGUAUUGCAAACGCGAAUGAAAACUGUAAAUGCCUCGUGGGACGAUUUAUAGUCUUCUGCGAUGUGUGCUUAUCGGUAUGAUAUUUUUUUUGAAAAUAUACAACUAUU